AUGGGAGGAGCUGUGACCACAGCUCUGUCAGCUUUGUCAAAGGAGCUCCAGUGCUCAAUCUGUCUGGAUGCGUUCACUGAUCCACUCAGCACUCCAUGUGGACACAACUUCUGUAAGAGCUGCCUGAACCAGUGCUGGAACAACAGCCAAACCUACAACUGUCCAUUCUGUAAAGACACAUUCAGUUACAGACCAGAGCUCAAGAUCAACACAGCACUCAGACAGCUUGUGCAGGUGUUUAGGCAGAAUGUUCCUGAGAAAAAAUCUGAAGUUCUCUGUGAUAUUUGUGAUGGUAUGAAGAUGAAAGCCUUUAAGAUUUGUCUGACGUGUCAGAGCUCAUACUGUGAAACUCACCUGGAGCCUCAUCAGAGAGUCCCAAAUUUGAAGAAACACACAUUGAUUGAUCCUGAGGGGAAUGUUGAGAAUUAUAUAUGCAAGAAACAUGAGAAACCUCUGGAGUUGUUCUGUAGAGAUGAUCAGACAAGUGUGUGCUCUCUAUGUGCUGUGACAGACCACAGGAAUCACAACACUGUUGUUGUGGAAGUGGAGAGCAAAGAGAAGAAGCCUCAGCUGAUAAAGAUACAAACAGAUGUGCAGCAGAUGAUCCAGGACAAAUUGAAAAAAAUUCAAGAGAUCAGACACCUAGAAGAACUCAGAAUGAUAACAUCAGAGAAAGAGAAGGCUGAGAGCACUGAGCUCUUUGCUGAUCUGAUACGCUGCAUUAAAAUAUGUCAAUCUGAGCUGUUGGAGAUGAAGGAACAAAAGCAGAAAGCUGCAGAGAAGCAGGCCCAAGAGCUGAUUAAAGAUCUGGAGCAGGAGAUCACUGAGCUGAAGAGGAGAGAUGCUGAGCUGGAGCAGAUCUUACACACUGAGGAUCACCUGCACCUCCUGCAGAUUUACCCAGAGCUGAGCAAACCUCCACACACCAGCAGCUGGACUCACGUCAGUAUCAGUGACACUCAGCUGAGUGUGGAGACUCUGAGGAAAACUCUUACACAGCUGCAAGACACUCUCAAUGACAAACUCAGCACAAGUGUGCUGAAGACGAUGCAGCAACAUGCAGUGGAUGUGACUCUGGAUCCUAACACAGCUCAUCCAAAACUCAUCCUGUCUGAUGAUGGAAAACAAGUGACCUUUGGAGACAAAGAACUUAAACUCUUAAACAACCCAGAGAGGUUUGAUUGUUGUCCAUGUGUCCUGGCAAAAGAGAGAUUCAGCUCAGGGAGAUUUUAUUUUGAGGUGCAGGUAAAAGAAAAGACUGAUUGGGAUUUAGGAGUGGUCAGAGAAUCCAUUAACCGGAAGGGAGAUAUCACAGCUGCACCUGAGGCUGGAUACUGGAUUAUAAUGCUGAGGAAUGAGAAUCAGUAUCUUGCAAUUGAUUCUUCUUCUGUCUCUCUGUCUCUGAGAGUGAAGCCUCAGGUUGUGGGUGUGUUUGUGGAUUAUGAGGAGGGUUUGGUCACUUUUUAUGAUGUGGAGUCCGGGUCUUUUAUUUAUUCUUUCACUGGUCAAACUUUCUCUGAGAAACUCUCUCCAUAUUUUAGCCCUUAUCAAAAUAAUGGAGGUAGAAACACAGCUCCACUGAUCAUCUCACAUGUCAGAAAGAAUGAAUGAUUUUAUAACCAAAAUACAGAUGUGAGGUUACUGCUUUCAAAUGAAAGAACAUGUCUUUUUCUAUUUUGUGAAUUUGUGAAAGUUAGGUUUAUGGUGUAUCUGAUGUAUCUUUAUAUUGAUUUCUUUAAACAUGUACAUGUUCAUAAAUCAAUGUAAUUGGAAUAAAAAUGUUAUUAAUA